AUGGAGCGACUCCGGGAGGACGUCACCUGCUCCAUCUGCCUGGAUGUCUUGGAGGACCCCGUCUCCAUUGAGUGCGGCCACAACUUCUGCCAGGGCUGCCUCAUGGCUCACUGGCAUGGGGUCUCGGUCCAGGGCUACCAGUGCCCCGAGUGCCGGGCUCCCUGCUCCAGGGACAGGAUGACCCCAGACACGCGGCUGAGAGCCCUGGUGGAGAAAAUCACAGAGCCCCUGCGGGAAGAGAUGGAGCCGCAGGGUCCGGGGGCUCAGCCAGAGCCGGCACGCCCGGUGCAGCUGGUGCGUCCGGACGAGGAAGGGGGCCUGACCCUGGACGAGGAGGCCCUGAGCCACUGCCUGGAGCAGGGUGGGGUGGAGGACGCCCCCGUCUGCCUGGUGUCCAUCAUCGGGGAGCAACGCAGGGGCAAAUCCUUCCUGAUGAACUGCCUGCUGCACCGGCUCCAGUGCCAGGAGGCUGCGGAUGCAUCAUGGAUGGGCCGAGAGGACGAGGCCCUGGGGGGGUUUGAAUGUUGCAAUGGGAGGACGACCGUGACAAGGGGCGUCUGGAUGUGGAACCAGCCCCUCUGGGUCCAGGCCCAGGGGAGGAGGGUGAGUGGGGCAGGGAGGCAGGCAGGGGAAUGGGGGAUGGGGCCAUAG